AUGACGGCACUAACCACGCAACCGCGAGACAGGUUUCAGCGCCAUGUCGGCUUUGACAAUGUCCCCAGCGGCGAGACGUCCAAGAAAGUUCCCUCGUCCCUCGUGCUCAACGUCAGACACGAUGGGUAUCAGCCACGCCGGAGAUCGCGCACCUUCAUGGUUGGCAUUGACGAGCACUCGUACUCGGACUAUGCCAUUCAGUGGUUGCUGGACGAGCUUGUUGACGACGGUGACGAGAUCAUCUGCGUGCGCGUCAUUGAGAAGGACGUGCGGCUUGGCGAGAAGUCGUACCAUAGCGAUGCGCAGCAAGUCAUGAAGAACAUCUUGGAGAAGAACAGCAGAAACAGUGCCGUUGCCUUCGUCCUCGAGUACGCAGUCGGCAAGCUCCACGCUACCUUUCAAUCGCUGAUUCAACUGUAUCAGCCCGCCAUGCUCAUAGUGGGCACACGAGGGCGAUCUCUCGGUGGACUUCAGGGCCUCGUCAAUAACCGCAACUCGUUUUCAAAAUACUGUCUGCAGUACUCUCCCAUACCCGUCGUCGUCGUGAGACCAACCGAGAAGCGGAAUAAGAAAAAGGCUAAACGCACAAACGACAACACGCGACAGACCUAUGUCAGCAUGUUAGCCGCUACCCAUGGUAAGCAUGAGGCCGACAGCGAAGCCAGCAGCAGCUACGAGCUGGAGGUUCAGAUCCCGCGCGAGGAGGAGGCGCACCAGGUAGCAAAGGUGCUGGGCCUGCCAGCCAAGUUCGACCCAACCAUCAAACCCAUCCACGGGCCGGCCUUGAUGAGGUCAAAAUCCCCUGAUCCCGUGGCCGGCCCCCGGACAAGUGCUGCGCGCCGCGUGCCCGCCGAUCCGUCGCCGCCCAGCGCUCCCAAUAGUGAUGACGAGGAGGACGACGACGAGGGCGAGUUUGAGGUCAUGACAGGGGUAGAGGCCUUGAACCAGCAGCAGAAACUGGACCAGCUUCACAAAAUGGAGGUUAGCGAGGCGGCCGCUCUGAAGCAGGGCAUUAAUGAUGAUGAAGACGAGGAGUCGGACGAAGCGCAGGGGCAGAACUCUGGGAGUGCAUCCUAG